AUGCCUGCAGGACUCCAGCCCGGCCAGCAACCCACUCCCGAGCAGAUCCAAGCUAUGCAGCGUCAACUGGCCAUCGAGGCGCAAAAGAAUGGCAUGACUGUCCCACAAUACGUCGAGCAGCUCAAGGCUCAGGCCAUGCGCCAACACAUGAUGCAACAGCAGCAAAUGCGCCAGCAACAAAUGCAACAACAGCAGAUGCAGCAGCAACAAGGCCAGCAGCAGCCCAUCACCCCUGGCCCUCCCAAGCCCGAGGCCAUUGCUGUUGCCAACUUCCUCCAGAGCCAGGACCUUAAGGUUCGUACUUGUGUCUUCCAGGAGAAGCGCAAGGACAUGUUCAAAGUCAAACGUGCAAUCCGUGCUCUUGAAUCACCCGCGUACGAAAAAGCGCGCGCAAAGAACCCCCUUCUACCUCCCGUCACCGAUCGCGCAAGUGCCGAAAACACAUUCAAGCUGCUUCCUCUAUCUCUCCUUGCCCUUCGUGUGUCAAAGAUCGAACAGCCACCUGAGCAGAAGAAGAAGCGUGUCAAGGGUCUCUGGACUGUCAAGGUGGAGCAGCAGCAAGAGGCGCGCGACGAAUUCCACUACGUCUGGUUGUACGAGGGUGCUCAGUGGAAGACCAAGCUCUAUGCUGUUGGUGCUCUUGCUCUGAUUCUCGCCAUCGUCUUCUUCCCCGUUUGGCCCUACAAGUUGCGCAUCGGUGUGUGGUACCUCUCGAUGGGCUGUCUGGGUCUGCUGGGUCUCUUCUUCGCCAUGGCCAUCUUCAGACUGAUCCUAUUCCUCGUCACGAUGUUUACUGUACCUCCUGGUCUCUGGCUAUACCCCAACCUCUUCGAGGAUGUAGGCUUCUUCGACUCGUUCCGCCCAGUGUGGGGCUGGCAGGAGACAGCGGAGGACAAGAAGGCAAAGAAGGAACAGAAGAAGGCAAAAAGAGAGGCCAAGCGCUUAGCGAAGGCAGGUGCUCCUAUCACGCAGCCCGCUGCUGAGGCCACGAGUACAUCAGGAGCACAAGUUGCAGAAGGCCAGGCUAAGCAGCGAGUUAUGGCUGCUAGCGUCGAGGAAGCUGAUGACGAGUAA